AAGAACCUCAAGGGAUUAUUACUUUCUCUUUUGAAGACUGUGAAACUUGCUUCUGCCAUCAAUAAAAAGCUCCAGAAGAUGGAUGAAGAUGGAUAUAUGAGUAUAGAUCCAAAGAAGAGAGAUCAUCACUUGCCAGCCUCUAAAAGAAGCAAAGAUUGUUCCUUGAAUCUCUGGUGCAAAAUUGGGCUUGGCAUUUCGGUGGCAGGAAACGUGGCCCUGGCUGUGCUUUUGAUUCUUUUUAUGCUUCAAGGUUUCCUGGGCCAUGCUGACUCAGAAGUUCCACAUUACCAGAUCCGGAGUUGCAUGCUAAACUGUAUUCCUUGUCAAUCAGCUACAAACAGUAUAACAGCAAAUUUGACUCUGGAUCCAAGCACAGCUCAUCCCCAGCUCUACGUAUCUCCUGAUUUGAAAAACAUGAGAUGGAAAGACAUGAAACAGAAUGUGUACAGCAGUCCUCUGAGAUACGACGUUAUGGCCAGUGUCCUAAGCCAUGAGAGCUUUACCUCUGGGAAGCUUUGCUGGGAGGUGGAGGUGGUGGAGGGAGGAGACUGGUGGGGGGUGGGAAUUGUUAGGGAGUCUGCAAAUAGAAACGGGCCAAUUGUCCUUGAACCUCGUGGGGGUUACUGGGGAGUGCAGCGAAUUGAUGGAAAGUAUGAGGCGAUCACUCAGUCCAGGACAAAUUUGGCAUUGUGCCAUCCCCCAAGAAGGAUCCGAGUUUCCUUGGACUAUUCAGAAGGCCUUGUGGCAUUUUUUGAUGGCGAUACGCAUGCUGAACUCUUCACUUUUCCUAAAGCAAAUUUUGCUGGAGAGAAGAUUCACGCUUGGUUCUUGAUCUAUAAGUGGAAUGGACAGCUCCUUCUCCACCCAUGAAAUAAUGGUACAAAGGAGGUCAUCAUGUUGGAAGAACUUCAGACCACCUGCCUUAAGCUCUCUUCUACUCCUUCUGUUCCUCUCUGCCUUCCACUACCAUGCACCCCUUUGACUUCCUUUGUCCUUUUCCCUCUAUCGCAAUUACAAAUGCCUCCUCCACAACCACCAAGGUCUCUUCUAGAUCAACAGUUUCCUGAACUGCAAGAAUUAGCUAUGUUUCAAAAUAAAAAUGUCCUUCUAACUCAAAGAACUGGAGGAAUAAAUCAUGUUUCAGUCUUUCUCCUGAAUUUGAGAACUUUGCUGGAAACCUUGACUUUGAAAGCUCAGCUGCCAACCCAUCACCCAAACAUGUAUCUUCUGGCCACUGGCUCUCUCUGUGCUGCUGGCAACUCCCAGUCCCAAACUUUCUGCUCUGGCUCCAUUAUCAGUGGGUCAGACGGACUGUCCCCAGUCAAGGAAAGACAGAGCCGGGCAUUCUGGACACUUGCUUCUCUUAUCUCUGCUCCCUUAUGUAUCCUGAUGUACUAACCAGAUAACUGAAGUCCAAUAUUUAAGGAAGGACAGAACCCCAGAUGUUUUAGAAAACACAGAUGUAUGUACAUUUAAGCACAGAAGAGAGGACUUCUCUGGGAAAUCCUGACGUGUGGUAAUUAUAAUAAGCUAAUGCUACCGUAAGAAAGAGGAAGAUUUGAAGGAAAUCAUGACUACAUUGAUGCACUUUCAUCGGCCAGAUUAUCCCUAGAUGUGUAUUUAAGCCUUUGAGACCUCCACCCAAUGCUCACUGCAGUUUAAAUUAUCCCCCAAUUCCAUAUUCUUUUUCAUUCCAUUAAUCCCUGAGCAAAAGAUCUCAGCAAGGCCAAAGGUUAAUUUCUUGCGCGAUGCCCUUUCAGACAAAAAACUUACACAAGAGUUUACAAAGACCAGAAUUAAGAUAGUCUGCAGAUUUAGAGUUGAAAAUCAAAACACAAGGAAAAGAGGCAUGGAAAGGAAGUGUGAAAAAAACCCUCCAGCACUAGAUUCUUACUUACCAAAUUUGGCAAUCGGACCUGGAUAUAAGCAGGUUUGCAGUCUCCUUGCUGUCCUAUUCUCCUUCUAUGAUCCCCUUCAAACAGAAAUAGAACAACUAUAGCAAAAGGAAGCAAAGAUAGUACCAAU